AUGAGGAUCAUGAAGAGACUAUCUGCUCUCCGUAGGAUACGAGCUACCCCAGCAUCUCGUUGGCAGCGACGGCCUUUGUCUCAUUUUGAAAAUCCAGGCAGUAAACAGCAGCAUCGACUGCGCCAUGUGGGACUCUUUGGUCUAGGUGCUUGUGCUGCUACCGCAACCGUUGUCUUGGGUGGGAUAUCAACCAAUUUGAAUUUGACGACAACAACACACUGUGACAAUGGAGGCGGUCGUCUACAGCGACAUGGAACACAGACGGCUGUCGUCGACUUGGUGGUCCCGUCGUUGCAAGCACUGCUGCGCGUAUUUCGAUUGCUUCAGACCACGGGGAUGAUUGUGCUCGACUAUGAAUUAUACAAGUGGCAGCAAAAAGCCACCAAGUUUGUCAACAAGUACAGUGAAAGAGUGGCUGCAAAAUUUCCCGCUAAAAAGAGUCAAGAACAAGACUUUGAUAAUCUAAAGGAUGAAGUGGAUUUGUCGCAAAUGACAACCCCUCAGCUCCGACAACACUGGGAACGAGAAGUCAAACGGCGCAAUGAAACUUUUGAAGAGGCACAAAUGGACUACGCGUUGCCUUCCUCCAAACAUCAAAUACCAGAGGGAAUGACUCGUGAAGAGUGGAAACAAUCCCAAAAACAAGCCAUGAAAGAUGCUGCAGCUGCAUGGGUCCAGGCACAAGACAUACUGGAGAAGUUGGGUGGCAGUCAAAUCAGUCAAAUCCAUAAACACGCCGCACAACGACUCGUCAAGCUGUGCCGUACCAAUGCUGGAGUCUACAUCAAAAUUGGACAGCACUUGGCGAACAUGGAUUAUCUCAUUCCACAAGAGUACAUUGAUGGGUUGAGCUGCUUGUUGGAUGAUGCUCCGACUUCUACCUAUGAACAAGUCCAACAAGUCGUGCAGGAAGAAUUGGGGGGCACUCCCGAACAACUCUUUAAUGAUUUUGAUCCCGUACCGAUUGCCAGUGCUUCACUGGCACAGGUCCAUGUGGCCUAUGACAAGAGCACAGGUCAAAAGUUGGCCAUUAAAGUACAGCAUCAGGGUUUGAGAGAAACCUGCAAGGGCGACCUGCUGGCAUUGACUACUGUGGUACACACUUUGGAGUUCUUUUUGGAAGACUUCAACUUUGGAUGGAUUGCCGAUGAAAUUGCUCCUCAACUGCCACUGGAGCUCGACUUUGCCAAUGAGGGACGGAAUGCCGAACGGGCUGCCAGUUUUUUACAGCAACGACAAAAGCGACAACAAGAUCAUCCGGAUGUAGUCAUCCCCAAAGUUCAUUGGCAACAAACAUCCAAGCGAGUCUUGUGUAUGGCGUUUGAAGAAGGCUUUCGCGCCACCAAUGUAGAAGCCAUUCGACAAGCCAACAUGAAGCCCAAGGACGUGGCACAAUUGAUAUCACGCGUCUUUCACUCCCAGACCUUUUUGGAUGCAUGGGUGCAUUGUGAUCCACACCCGGCCAACGUUCUGCUCCGGAAAUCGCCCGUCACUGGCAAGCCUCAAAUGGUACUGGUGGAUCACGGUCUCUACAAGCAAUUGGAUGACGAUUUUCGAAUUACCUACGCCGAACUGUGGAAGGCUCUCAUGAUGGCAGAUAUCCCAACCAUUCAAAGCUCUUGCCAGAAACUAGGCGUGGACGGCAUGCUGUACACGCUCUUGUCGGGGUUGCUGACGGCGCGACCCUUUGAUGAAGUUGUAGAACGCUCGAAAACGGGGAGCUUUGACUUGUCCGGCAAGGUCCAGCACAAGAGUCAACAAGACAAGGCUGUCAUUCGAGGAUAUGCCCAAAAGUUUCUGGUGGACAUCCUAACCAUGAUUGACAAACUUCCCCGACAGAUGGUUCUCUUGCUCAAGAUGAACGAUUGUCUGCGUCACAUUGACUAUGCCUUGGGGUCGCCCACCAAUAACUUGGUUGUGGCGGGGAGAGUAGCAGCACAAGCAGUCUAUGAACACAAGCUGAAAGCUCCAAGCAUCAGUACCUGGGAUCGGUUCAAGGCAUGGGCAGACUAUGUCACGGUCAUGUGGCGGAUUCAACUAUAUGAUAUUGGAAUUUGGUGGAUGGAGUGGAACACACGGCAGAACCUAACAAAGUGA